UGUCUUUUCUUCCACAGGUAAGAUCCUGAGGAGGCAGGAGAGGGACAGGGAAGGAGUAUGGGUAGGGGCAGGGGGAGCCCUGUACCCCAAUACUUCCCCUUUCCUCCUGGAGCCUCCAGUGUCUCAGGCAGCAUCAUCCCAGUCUACUGUACCCUCCUGGCCACUGUGGUCCUCGGUCUGCUUGCCUAUGUGGCCUUCAAGUGCUGGCGCUCACACAGACGAAGACAGCAGCUGGCCAAAGCUCGAACUGCAGAGCUGGGAGGUCUCAACAAGGACCAGAUGCAUGGGGAUAGCAGUGUCUUCCUGGACUCUCCUAGCAGUCUGGAGCCCUGUGCCUCCAACCAGGGUGAGCCCCUUUCCCAGAACUGCCUCACCACCCAGCCCUUGUGUGGUCCUCGUAUCUCUUGCCUCAGGACCACAUCCUGAGCUUGGGUGCCAACUUUACCUUGAUCUCCCUCAGCAGCACCAGGAGAAAGUGGAGCGGCUGCUAGAGGUGUCAGUUGAAACUGACAAGGGCUGGCGGGGACUGGCAGACCAUCUGGGCUACCAGGCUGAGGCUGUAGAAAUCAUGGCCCAAGGCCAGGUGCGAGCCUACACACUGCUGAGGGACUGGGCUGUCCAAGAAGGCAGUGGCGCCACCCACAAGGUGCUAGAGAAUGCCCUGGUUGCCAUGGGCCAGGAAGAUGCGGUCCAGGUCCUGGGCCCCCAAGCUGAGGGCUGCUCUGUGGCAUGAGUGCUGCCUCCAUAGCCUGGCUCCUCGGAGCCUGCUCUGGUGCUCCCGUACCCCCAUCUCAUGUAUCUUUCCCUUCAUGGGCUUCCUGGGGUUGCUGGGCUCAGCCUGCUCUGUUCUGGAGAAGAAAACCGAAGAUCCAGCCACCAUUCACUUCCCCUCACCCACCCAUCCCCUCCAGAAGAGGCCCCAGGAUAUGGUAGGGAAGUGGGCAGUGAGGAGUGGUCCUGCUCUUUGGAUCCCUACUCCACCUCCUCUUAAGCCUCAGCUGGUUUUGCUACUUUUGUAACCCGUAUUAAAGGUGGUUCGGACUUUUCCGCUGGCUCUAUCUGGCUCCUUGGGCCUGUGAGACAGUUGGGUGGGUGGCUAUGAGGGAGAGGCCCAGAAAAGGGCUGGGGGUCCCUAGGCUGUGGGAGGGGCCUCUCCAAACAGCACCUGG